AUGCCUGUCGAAAAGAAUGAUUCCAUUACCGUCCCAUUGGACAAGCUCAAGAAUGACGCCAUUGUACCCCUCAAGUGGCAGCAGAUUUUCCAAGACAGGAACAGCGACUACUAUCUGGUAAACUAUGAAAACAAGUCUAAAGUAACAGAAGAGGAGCACGUCGGCAUGCUUUUCAUCGAAAAAUCCAAGGUCGAAGAGUUCAAGGGCGUAGUCAAGGAUGGGCAGAUCACAGUCAGCGAGAAAUUCCAAUAUGGUCAACCCAACAAGGCCGGGAACAAGAGAUUCCUUGUCUACCACAACAAGGACAACAAACCCUACCAGCACCGAUUUGUUGAUAACAUGCUCACCAAGUACGGCUCCAUGGGAGCAGAGGCACUGGAGAAAAUGGGCAUGAUGAAACCAAAUGAGAUGGUCGACUUGAUUUCUGGCUUAGAGCUUACUUUGAAUAUAUUGUCUCCUUAA